GCGCGGGGCUGUCCCUGCCGGGAAGGCGGCGGGAUGGAGGCGCGGCGGGGCUGAGGCAGCGCUGCGCGGCCUCGGUGUUGCUCCGCGCUCGGAGAUCAUCCUCACCGGGACAGCUGGUGUGCGCGGUCCGUGUGCGGGAGUUGUUCCUCUGGCGAGGUGGAGGAAAUCGCACCCGCGGCGAUUUGCCCUUAACUGUUGAGGGAUGGGACCGAAUUCCCCACCGAUCCGGAUAUGAGCACCCACAGCAUCCAAAGGAACAGCUGAGCUGUCGCGUAACAAUUCGCGCUUGGAAACGCUUUGGUGGAAGAGGGAGUCUUUGGCGUUCGUGUUCGUUUGAAAAGGGAUAGCGAAAAGGGCGUGAUUUUUUUUUUUUUUUCCAGUAGGGAAAGGAAAAAAAAAAGAAGGGAAAAAAGACCGUGCGAAACCAAGCGCCAGAGCAGCCCUCGCAAGGUCAUCACACCACGGGGGAGGCAAAAGUGCUCCCGAUCCAUGCGAUCGCUCCAUCGCUUUUCAUACUGCCUGCAAGGGAUGGUUUUAUCAUUUAAUUUAUUUAAAAGGCGAGGUGUUUGCAGGUGGUAGCAGGGUAGGUACGGGGCGGAGGUGCGGCGCUCCUGCUAUUUACUAGGGCAUCAAUCGGAGUGAAGAUGGAGGUGGGAGGAGAUAACAAAAGCUGGUGUGCGAUCCUGGGCAUCUCCCACACGAAGGCGUGAGAAGGAGGAGGGAAAGGAGACGGCAGGAGAGAGAAUUUCAUUUCCAAAGAUCAAAACAAAAGGCAAAAUGGGGAAACAAAAUAGUAAGCUGGCCCCUGAGGUGAUGGAGGAUCUGGUGAAGAGCACGGAGUUCAAUGAACACGAGCUAAAACAGUGGUACAAAGGAUUUCUAAAGGACUGUCCGAGUGGUAGACUGAACCUCGAGGAGUUCCAGCAGCUCUACGUGAAAUUCUUUCCAUAUGGAGAUGCUUCUAAGUUUGCCCAGCACGCCUUCCGCACCUUUGAUAAAAACGGAGAUGGGACCAUCGACUUCAGAGAGUUCAUUUGUGCCCUGUCCAUCACCUCACGAGGCAGUUUUGAGCAAAAGCUGAACUGGGCCUUCAACAUGUACGACUUGGAUGGUGAUGGUAAAAUCACAAGAGUGGAAAUGCUGGAAAUUAUAGAGGCCAUCUACAAAAUGGUGGGCACUGUGAUAAUGAUGAAAAUGAAUGAGGAUGGUCUGACGCCUGAGCAACGGGUAGACAAGAUCUUCAGUAAGAUGGAUAAGAACAAAGACGAUCAGAUCACGCUGGAUGAGUUCAAAGAAGCUGCAAAGAGUGACCCGUCCAUUGUAUUACUGCUGCAGUGUGACAUUCAGAAAUGAGCCUGUGUACCACGUGUCAUAGACUGCACAGAAGUUUAAUGUUCCAUUCAGUUUGCAGCUAUUUCCACACACACAAAAAUUUGCUUGGACUACCUAUAAAUGGACUUGCUUCUUGUGUUUGAAACACUUGUGUGCAUGAGAAUGUCAUUUGCUAAAGAAUUUUAAAAGUAUAUAUUAUAAAAAUAAACUGCCACAACGUGAUGUGUGCAAUGUCAUUUCAUAACAGCCCUCUUCCUCUGAAGCCUGUGCAGCAGGCCUGUGCUGCAGUGAAUUAUAUUAUUUAUUGUUCAUGUUUUACUGAUGCUAGCUCUGUGUCUCCUAGGCUGAGUAAUGUUAGUGACACUGAAUUCCCAUGGUAAUGUUAACUGUUUAUUAUAAAUCAUGUCACCAUUCUGCUGUAAAGUAGUACUGGACAGACAGAAGGGAAGAGCUCCUUAGCUCCCAGGUCUGAUCCACACGUGCUUGUAUUGUCAGUGGAUAUAAAUGUACUUCAUUUGCAUGCCUUUUAGGUUUGCCUUAAUUCUUACCUCAUUUGCAUCCCUUCAAUCUGGAAAGAGCUAUGUCAGAGGAAUGCAGUAUAUUUAAAAAAAAAAAGAAAAUCCUGCUAAAAUUUACCCUUUAAUUAAGAAUAUAUAUAAAUAUAUAUAUAUAUAAUGUUUAAAAUAUUGUUUUAUUGCAAGUUUAAAGGUUUUAUUGGAAGUGUAUUGAUCUUUGCCAGAAUUUUCAAAAGCUUCCACAGAGGUUGCAAUAUAUAUGUCCCAAAAUAAAUUUAUAACAUUUGA